CUCUAUCAACUCCAAUGAGAAGUAAAUAUGGCGGCCGUGAGACGAUCAAGAAUCUUUGCCUGUUCAAUUGUCAUCUGUUAUACAUUCAGAGAACUACUUAUUUGAAGUGUCUCCACUUUUAUAAUAUUUGGAGAUGUCUGAUGAAAUCUUGCCCUCCCAUGGUGAGGAGCAGGAAGAAGGGCGGGGGGAAUCCCCCAGCCUGGAGGAUGAACUGUUUACCUUCCGAGAGGAAUGGAAGAACGAGUUGGAUGUUGUUCGCAACCAGAAACGCAGUCACAUUCAAACCCUGAAGGGGAAAGAGGCCAUUGAAAAAGAGGCCACCCGGUUGUUUUUACUGGGAAGUGAAGCAGAGAGGAGUGGAGCUUUCUAUGAAGCCAUCCUGUUCUACAAGAAAGCCAUGCAUCUGGUGCCAGAUAUUGAGUCAAAGAUCGAUGUCUAUUCCAUGAGGUCAUCGAGAGAGCGACAAGACAGUGAGACAUCGCUGGAAGACCAGGCCCUGUCUGAGGAGAACGAUGAGUGCUUGCUAGCACAGUUACAGGAGCUGAGUGUUGGGGAGAAGACAUUCUGCCAGCCCCGCCUACAGCAGAGGGUGACCCACAUCUCAUCCCUGCCAUUGGAACUUAUCAUCUACAUCUUCCGCUGGGUUGUCUCAAACGACCUUGACAUAAGGUCUCUGGAGAACUUGUCCUUGGUGUGCAGAGGCUUCUAUGUGUGUGCUAGAGACGAGGAGCUGUGGAGAAUUGCCUGUGAGAAGGUUUGGGGACAGAACACUCGCAGUCCCAGGAAGUAUGGCGGCUCUUGGAGGACAAUGUUCAUCGAGAAGCCACACCCGCUGUUCCAUGGUUGUUACAUCAGCCAAACUGGGUAUGUGCGACAGGGAGAGCAAGGCCUGGACAACUUCUACAGACCAUUCCAUCUGGUCUACUAUUACAGGAUGGUCCGCUUCUUCCCUGAUGGCACCAUCCUAAUGGUGUGUACCCCUGAGAAUCCGAGCGCGAUGGUCACACGGAUGCGUGACCGAAGCUUCCGUCAGCAGGGCCUCAUGAGUGGCUACUACCAGCUGCAGAAGAAUAAGAUUUCUGCAGUUCUGAAGCGGGAGACGACGGGUAUUGACAACACAUAUCACCGCUACAAGCGUCGGCAGCAACCCAAUCAGCAGCCGGAGGGAGAGUCCACAUUUUUUGUGGAAUUUGAACUCCAUGUCUCAGGCCGCAGGGCUCACUCAAAGCUUGUGUGGAGCAAGUACUUCAACCGGAUAUACUACAAAUCCAGUGGGGAGGAAGUCAUCAACAACUUCGACUUGAAGCCAAAGAAUUUUCCUCCGCUGAUAUUCUCUCGAGUCAAGAGCUACACAGCCAUGUCCGACACAGUCUUGGCCUCAUAGAUAGGACACAUCCACAAUGAGCACCACAGCUAGUUUCAUCCGUGCUCGUCAUAUAGCAGAGUUUGUAUUUAAUCAGUUGCAGCUUAGCAGUUGGUCAGCCCUUACACAUGGGAGCAACAUGGGAAACGAUAGUGCCUCAGUAGUGCCCCUAACUUGUACGAGGUAUAUUUGUUGUACUAGAAACAAGUUGGAGCGUCUACGUCCCUCCUGUUUCUGACAUACAAUGUUUUAGUUCUCUCACUAUUCUGGGAAUCACUUCAAGUGAAGAUAAUGAGACAUUUUUUACACCCGCAAACCCUUUUUGUUUGUUCAGUAAAUGUUCAUUUUGAGGUGUUGGUUCUAUUUUAAAAACAUGGAUUUUUGAAAAUCAAUAGAGCAACUUCCUUGAUUCUUGUUGUUUUCCGGGUAUUUCAGAUUAUGUGCAUUUGAUUUUAUCGACACAUGUUACGUAUUUGUAUGCUUUUUAACAUUAGAAAUCACAGUGCCCAGAUACUUUACAACAGCAUAGGAUCAUUUAGAUGAAGUGUUGGUGUAAGCCCCAGUUUAUGAGUGUCGUAGGAGAUCCGGGGGGUGGGGGUAGUCACAAGUGAGAAAUCAGUCAAAUUUGGGGCCUUUACUUUUAAAUUACAGCUUAUUUUAUAAGAAACCAUGGACAAGUUGCCAAGUUGAACCUAAAAUGUAAAAUGAUCUCUAUGUGAAUGCAGGUAUUCAGUCUAUUUGAAGGAAGAUGUGGGUCAACUGGUUCUGCUUUUCGUGUUUUACAAAUACUUAACACUGACUGCUUUUGUUGUUAAAUCUAGUUAUAUGCAACUUUGAUGUGAUUUUAGCAUGAUUACCAUAAACAGUGAAGUUUUAAUUUAAACUAAUUUUUCUGU